GGCUGUUGAAGACAAGUGCUCCAAGUCGAGUGGUCAAUGUGUCUUCUGGAGCACAUCACAUGGGUUCAUCACUUAAUGUAGAUGACCUGAACUACGAGAAAAAUCCGUUCCCUAAUAGCUUUGUCGUUUACGGUCGCAGCAAACUAGCAAACAUCUUGUUUACCAAAGAACUGUCAGAGAAGCUGAGGAGAACAGAUGUGACGGCUAACAGCGUCCACCCAGGUGUGGUGUACACAGAGUUCCUGUGGAAAGGUGAAACUAAGCUUAUCGAAGCUAUAUUGGACUUACUUGUUAGGCUUAUGGGAAAAGACGAGAAACUUGGAGCCCAGACAAGUAUUUACCUGGCAGUGUCUGAAGAAGUGAACAAUGUUACUGGCAAAUAUUAUGUUGACUGUAAG